GCCUCUGGGGCUGACGGCGUGGCUGCCGCCGCCAAGCGCCGCGGGAGCGACGGCAGGCACGGCGAGUGGUUCGACCCCGAGGCCGUGGGUCGGGGGCGUGAGCCCGCGAGGGCCACGUUCUUCGCGUUCGAGUCGCGGGGCCUGGCGCUGUCGGGGGCGGCCCCCAGCGACUCCGCGCGCUUCGCGGGCCUCGGCGGCAGGUGGCGCUUCGUCUGGGCCAGCAGCCUGGCCGGGCUGCCGCCCGGCGCCCACCGCCCCGACUUCGACGACAGCGCCUGGGGCUACAUGCCGGUGCCAGGGAACUGGGAGCUGAACGGAAAGGGGUUCGCCAUCUACGUGAACGUGCAGUACCCGUUCGACCCAACCCUCCGCUCAUCGUCUACCAGGGAAAAGACAAGGACUACAAUCCCGCGGGGGUGUACCGCCACUCUUUCGAGGCCCCAGAAUCUUGGCUCCAGAGUGGCUACGAGAUCUUUCUGCACAUCGGGGCGGUGA